AGCUAUGCUGUGGCGAGGGAGGGCCGCUGUUUCAACACACUUUGUGUGCAUGCAUAUGUUUGAGUGGAAAAAGUGAAAUUAUAUUGAGUGCACACCCACUUACCGCAUUUGACAUACAUAUACAAUGUAUGUUAAGGUAAAAUGUAAGGUAAAAUCUAUAGGAAUAUCUGCCUGGUUGGGUUUGACAGUUCUAUACAACCACAAUAAUAAAAACUGAGAAUUGUAGGUGAAAAGGUGUUACCAAAUUUUGUUGUUGUGGCCUUCCAUUGUAUAUGUAAAACCAAAUGAGGAAACUAGCAUUUGUAGUGGUGUGUCUUUGUGAGUGUGUGUGUUUGUAUACAGCGUCAGCAAGGCGUGAUGUGUGUGGAGGUGACAUCAAGGUGAACACGGCUUGCAGAAUACUCUCCCGACUCGGGAGGCAGCAAAUGGCUCAGUGGCAGAUGGAGUCUUUGUCAGGGAAGAAAAAUGGCAGCUCAAGAGCAUCAGAGAGACCCCCAUUUAUACACACAAACACACACGUGCGCACACGCACGGACAUGGUAUUGCAUUCAGGUACACAUGUAUGCGUGGGCACAUGGAAUACGUGCAUGUUCACACUCAUCUACACAGACAAAAUGCACAUAUUGACAACAUAUAUCUCCCCCUCCCCUCUGUAGCAAGCUGGGCUGGCGGGCGGUGACCUUCCCUGCUCGCAGAGCUCUGGCUGUUUGAUCAAUUAUCCCUCUCCCAUUGUUUACUGGGAAGCAGGAAUAGAGAGGAGAGGAGAGAAGGCUCAAAAUGGCCACUGUCAGGUGGAGGGAUCCAUUUCCCUGCCAGCGUGGGGGUGGGGGUUAGGGAGAGAAAAGAAGAGACAGAGAGACCAGAGCUGUGAAGCGUGUUCAGAGGGAAGGGAGGAGCACUGUUCCCUGGCAGCUGGGAUGAGAUGACAUUAUAGUAACGUUGCAGCGUGGACACUGGUUACCGUUUGCAAUGAAGGUGAAAUUCUUGUUCUAAGAUUGGGUAAACUUUUAAAUGGCAAACAUUUGUGUACUCUCACUACACAAUACAAUUCUGAGUGAAUCCCUGAAAUGCAUUACUACGUAUUGAUAGAUAACAUUAGGCCACGUCCACAAUCAUGCAAGAUCUAAUACAAGAGUCUCCUAUGCAAGUACAUAUGGUAAUCAAAAUAUUAGCAACACCCCGUAAUGUGAUGCGGCAGAGUCCUACACAUAAAGGUACUGCAGGUACUAUUUUAAGUAUUGAGAAGUGGGGGGUGGAGGUACAUACGCUAAAGGUCAGGUGGCAAAGAGGGGAAAAAAUGAGUGGGAACAAAUGAUGCACUAAGCGAAUGACACUCUGAGGUCCUGCUUUAAUAUGUAUGUAUCGCAGGUUGAUGGCUGAUUUCAUUAGCGCCUCUCAUUGUUAUUCAUAGAUUGUCCUCCUGCAGCAAAAUGAAUAUUGUAUGCGCGCACACACACACACACACACUCUCACUCUCUUAUAAACACACAACAAUCGUGUUUUCCAGGGAAUACUGUAUUUGUGGAUCUUCCAGAGGGCUCGAAGACACAAUGUUUUCACAGGCUGUUAUCUGCGUUGGCCAUAAUUAAAACAAUUUACAGCGCUGUCAUUUUAGCACAGCUUUUUUUUUGGUGCUGCCGCGGACAAUUCUUGUCAGGUUGUCAGGAUUUAGGGCUCCUUGUUGAUAUUAGGGAGAAUUAUUUUCAAAGAAAGGUUACCUUUUGCUUGUGUGACUCGAGCAAUACAAGAUAUGUCGUGUGUAAGGGUUCAGAUUACGUCACUUCAGUGGAACUAAACCUCUGUGGGUGUGUGUGUGUGAUGUGUGUGUGUUUGAGAUACAGUGAAAGUAUGCUCAUAAGAGCGUACAUAUGGUGAGCGCAUGAAAAUGCCUGACCGCCUCGUUCUAAUCCUGACUGUUUCAACUAAAAUUCCAGUCCUUAGCAGGACAUGAGCAAAUGUUCUGAUAUAUUAAUAGCGAUUGUGGGCGGAAAAAGGAAAAAAUCUAUUUUUCCUUAUGUUUUUUAUGGAAACAGUCCAGUUGAAUUAUCUGUUCUUUCGAGGUUUGAAACAGCUCAACUCCAUAAGGCGUUGGCAUUGUUAGCGACAUGCACUCGCUCAUACGCCGCCUGUUUGAAGUACAACAGGCCAUUACUGAUUAACCUGUCUGAACCCGGCCACUUGUAAAAGCCACUCUUUUUUCCAUCUUGCCCUCAUAUGAAACACCUCUGUUAGUAAAAUACCUCACGUACUCCGCAUUUGCACAGAUAUGUUUGUCUCCUUACUUGUUUGUUGCCUGAGAAACCAUGUUGGCUUGUCUUCUCACAUUUCACACUUGGUUUCAUCCCCUUAACCCCGAGUACUAAGCGUGGAUGUGCCGCCUGACCUCUUGAGUCAUGGAUGUUAGAUUCAUAGGCAUCACAAGGGCCGCACUUGUGCUUCCUUUUGCCCAGUCAUCCAUUUUAAGCCAUAAACUUGUUUUGUAAUGGAUUAAGAAAUGCAGCGACUCCUUGUCAACAUUUAUUUUGAUUUCAAGGCAAUUUGUCGGUGUUUGACUUCUGAAUCAACAUAAUUCUUGUAAACAUCAAACAGUUUAGUAUUUGAAUUUAUCAAGUAUUAGACAGACAUUCCAGCAUGCCUUCGUUUCGUGCCUUGGAACGACAAAACAAAACAGUCAAACACACUCACACUCCCUGUUCCCUGAGUUGGCGCUCACACACUAGUGCUCGCACACAUACACAACAGUGGUGUGACAGGACGUCACGUAUUUGGAGUUUCACAGCAGGCUGGCAUUCCAAGACAGCAAAGAGGGAGAUAAUGUCAGUGAGCUGCUGGUUAACUCUCUGCUUUAUCCUGUUCCUGGGCCACAAAGCGUGAAGGUUUUUUUUUUUGACACAUACACAGUCCACACUUGCAUACCAUGCAUGCACAUACACUGACACACACACACACUUGGAUAGAUCAUAUUGCUUCCUCCCAGGCUGUUAGAUGACAAAGGCUAAAAAAAAACUCCAGAAGUGACAAAAGAUGCCCACAGACAUAGCUGCCAGCACUGACAAAAGCUACACUCAUGUUUGGAUGGAUGUGACUUCUUUUUGGAAGCAGGGAGUGGGCCAAACUGACUGACAGGAUGUAGGGUGAUGUCUCAUGCUUGGAUUCUGGACUUGGAGGUCACAGCACCAAAUUAUAGCCUUUUUUGUGUGUAUGUGAUUGUGAAGCAUGUCUUUUUCAAAGGGCUUUUGUCAGAGUGCUUAUUCUUCCUAAGCUGGCGAGGCUAUAUUUAAAUGAAGAAAUCAUGAAAUCCACCUAGUCAGCAGUGAAGGGAAAAAGAGCUUCCUCUCAAAAACCACCCACACUGCUUUCUGCCUUGUUGUGACUUGUUUGUCUGUCGUUGGAGGACUCAGUCUUCUUCCAGAACAAUCACUCUUAAAAUCCCUCAACUCUGGAGGAUUGGAGCUGGUUACACAGCAACAGUGAAUUGCUAAAAACAGAAAAAAUGUGUGUGGAGCCUGUGAAAUUGAACUUUUCCCCCAUUAUAAUAUGGCUUUUCUUUCAGUGUGUACGUCAGGUGCACACACUACUGUUUAUUUCAUGGAUAUGUGUUGUCAUCUGCAGCUGUUUGCUCUUCAGUCAGUCAGUGUGCUGAGUUAGUGACAUUUGGGCCAGUGUGAAGCUUCUUCUUCACUCUUGAUUUAUUCUUAACAUCUGUCUGUGGCAGGUGUGUGGAACCACAGUGUCCUCUGCUUGAGCAGUACAGAUAGGACGUGUGUUUGCAUUGUGCAAAACAACAGUGCGAGAGUACACCCCCCCCCCUUUUCCCUCCUUCUUGGGAUGAGUCAUAUCUGAGCCCUGUGUAAUCUAAGCCUAUGUCUCAUGUGUGUGAACAGACAGACCCUAAGCAGUGGUCUUGGUUUUGACUCCCUCUGGGGCACUGAGUGGGUGAGACAUGACUAUCAACAACAGGCUCAGGCAGCUCUGGUUUCAGCCCCCCUUCUAACACACACACACACACACACCAGUCACAAGUACAUACCCACUUGGAUCUAGUUAUUCUUCACCCAUUUGGACUCCUGUAAAAAGAUAUGGAGUCUGGAGAACGGCUGGCCUCCCCUGCACCCACCCUGUCUGCUGCUCGCACCUCCUCCCCUGUGGCCUCUUCCUCCUCAUCCUCCUCUUCGUCAUCUCCUGCUCCCCACUCAAAGAGCAGCCUGGCCCCGAGCCCCUCAGCACUCGGAUCCACUCUUAGCACCUCUGGCCGUCUGUUUGGAGCAGCAGGAGAGCAGCCCUUUAUUGGCUCCACAUUGUCAAGUGCCUUUCCUCUGGUGAACCACCCAGCCUUUGGAGCCCUCUACACUGCUGGAGUGGGCAGGCCAGAGUUUGGCGGCCUUGGCUCCCUUGGCAUGUCAGCUGCUUUGGCUGCCCAUCCCCAGCUAGGAGCCCUCUCUGAGUGGUGGCGAGCUGCUGAAGCUCAUGGACGAGGAGCUGCAGCCUUUCUUCCUUCCUUUAUAGGUUUCCCGCCGUUUUUCACCCCGCACAUUCAACCAAACCAUAGCGCUAGUCCUGUUCAGAUAAGAAUGCCUGGCAAGAAUAGCCAAGGAUCGCCUAAAGGAGUGAACGGGGCUGUAAAUGGCAGUGGAAUAUGUCCUCCCACAACACAGCAGGGGAGCUUUUUGGAAAGUAAUACCCCUGCCCAGACAUCAACAAGUCUAACCAAAAAAGCAGAGCCUUCAAGUAGUCCCUGUCAGAAUAGCCCAGCUAAGAUUGUGGAAAAAAACACACCAAAAAACGAGCGGAGACAACGCAAGAAGACAACAGAUGCUUCUGGCGUGAGUAAUAGUGAAACAGGCACAUCUUCGGACAGCUCAAGCGAUGGCUCCCUUAGCAGUGAUAUGGAGGACCUUGCGGAGGAUGAUGAAGAGGAUGAUGAGGAUGAGGACGAGGAAGAAGACAAAAAGAGUGAUUUUUCAGACUCUGAGAAACAAAUAAAAAAGAAAUCAAAGCUUCUGGUACCAAUCACUGGAGAGACGGACAGACCACUCUGUGGGGUCCCCUCAGUAGAGCACCCGGACAAGAAAAAUAACCACAUACAGACAGUCCCCUCCAAUCCCCCAACCCUCAUUCCCAUGGCCCGCGCGGCGUCUCCCCCUGUCCUGUCCCCAACCUCACCUAUGGCUUUACACAGCUCCAGGUUAAGACCAGAGGGGCAGCCACAGCAACAACACUUCAGUGUGAUCCAGUCCACUGGCCUAGCUGCUAACUCAAAGCCUCUGGCUCUCCUCACUCAGCCCUACAGGGAGUCUUCACCGUCUUCCUCUCCCAUCGCCCUCACCACCUCUCCAAAGGCGUUCUCCAGCUCUUCCUCUCCCAAACCUCCCAAGCUGUUGCCUUCCUCCUCCCCUCAGCACCUGCCCCUCUCCCUCUCCUCCUCCCCCAAACCCGUUUCGGUGCCCUCCCCCCCACGCUCUGCAUUCCCGCUGUCUACCUCCCCAAAACAUUUCGCUUUGACCUCAUCUGUAACCAGCCCCCAGAAGUCCUCACUGAAGCCACCUCAGUAUGCUGCUGCUGGCACUGCCAAAGCCAAUAAGAGGAAACUGCUGGAAGACUCGCUUGCGCAGAUCAAUGAGUUCAGGCUGAAACAGACUCUCAUGUCCCAAGGGCAGACGUUCCCAUCUGAGCUGAGGAAGCAGGGGCCAAACAAGUCUCCCAAAGGGAAGUCUCUGUCUUCUUCACCAUUGCCACCCGCUCCGCCUCCUCCACCCCAGAACAAUCACUCCAACCUCUUCCUCUCGAGUGCCCUGCUGGGGCUUCCUGAACCUAAUCACCCCAAUGGAGUCAUCCAAAGCACCACUCAGGACGCACCUUUGGCCCUCAUCACCAAACCUCGCAAAGACUUUGCCUCUCAAGGCAAAUCCCCUCAGUGCAACUCUGAUGGUGGAUCAAUGCCUGUCAAUCUUAGCACAGGGGCAAGUAGGACCCAAACAAGCGCCCAGGCUGGGCUUCCGUCACAGCCACCUACUACCUCACCCCAUGCCGCCAGUUAUGGAUCUAGAAAGAGCAAGACCCUAAAGUGUAAGGCACAGACUCCAGGACUGGCACAAGGACAGGGGCAAACAGGGCAUUUAGCAAGCUGGAAAGGCUUCUCCCAAAACCAUCUGGUACAGUCUUUAGUGGAUUUGUUUCGUGGAGGAGAGUCUGGGAUCGGCAUCCCGGGAGUUGGCAUCCCCGGUGUUGGGAUUCCUGGAGUGGGAAUACCUGGGACUUGUAACCCCACGGCUGGUCUCCCUGCUAACAAGGAAUCUGAUGACUCGGGAGAUGAUGAUGAUGAUGAUGAGGAUGACCUUGAAGAGGAUGAGGAUGAGGAGGACUCCGAUGAUAGUUUGUCAGAAUCAGACAGCAACUCAGACAGUGACAUCUCCGGAAAGAAAGUGAAAGAGUCUAAGCAGCUGUCAUCUGGGUCAUCAAAAAAGGAGAUGACUCCCCGUAGGCUAACCAAAAGCCCAGAACUACUGAACACCUCAACCGAUCACACAGCCACCAGCUGCUCCCCUCUCAAUCUUCAGGUCAUCAAGACACCCACUAUUGUCACCAGCUCCAGUGCCUUGGCCUAUCACAGCUCUCCCGGCUCCUCCUCAUACACCCUAGCCUCUCCCUUAGGUUUAGGAAAGAGGAAGCGGGUGAUGGAUGAGAAGGAUUUGAUGACACCUAUGGAGUUGGGGUGGCGGAGAGAGACUAGAAUCAAAAACGUGGCAGGGCGACCUCAAGGAGAGGUGGCCUACUACGCCCCUUGUGGCAAGAAACUGAGACAGUACCCAGAUGUGAUGAAGUAUCUAUCCAGAUAUGGAAUAAGUGGCAUCACACGUGAUAAUUUUAGCUUCAGUGCAAAGAUCAGGGUUGGUGACUUCUAUGAAGCCAGAGAAGGACCCCAGGGUUUACAGUGGAGCCUGUUGAAUGAAGAGGAAGUCAUUCCACGUAUUUUGGCAAUGGAAGGUCGAAGAGGUCGCCCCCCCAACUCCGAGCGUCAGUUAGUGGGUGAAAGUGCCAAAGCUAACCGACGGAGGAAAGGACGACCCCCUAAUGUCGGCGAUCCAUUGCCAUUGGUGCCGGAAGGUCCCAGUCCCAGUGAGGUCAAACUCCUGCGGAAAUUAGAGGCUCAAGAAAUAGCCCGACAGGCAGCCCAGAUGAAACUCAUGAGAAAACUGGAAAAGCAGGCGUUGGCGCGUGCUGCCAAAGAAGCUCGGAAACAGCAAGCUAUCAUGGCAGCAGAAGAGAGAAGAAAGCAAAAAGAGCAGAUCAAGAUUCUCAAGCAGCAGGAAAAAAUCAAGCGUAUUCAGCAGAUUCGAAUGGAGAAAGAACUCAGGGCACAGCAAAUUUUGGAGGCAAAGCGGAAAAAGAAGGAAGAAGCAGCCAAUGCCAAAAUAUUGGAGGCUGAAAAGCGGAUAAAGGAGAAAGAGUUGAGGAGACAGCAAGCGGAGAUCUUGAAGCACCAGGAGUUGGAGAGACAUAGACUAGAUAUGGUAUGGGAGAGAGAGAGGAGGAGGCAGCAUGUAAUGCUGAUGAAGGCUGUUGAGGCUCGCAAAAAAGCAGAGGAGCGUGAGCGCUUGCGGCAGGAAAAAAGGGAUGAGAAACGGCUGAACAAAGAGCGUAAACUGGAGCAACGGAGGCUGGAGUUGGAGAUAGCAAGGGAGCUGAAGAAGCCAAAUGAAGACAUGUGUCUGUCUGAUCAUAAGGCUCUCCCUGAGUUCUCCCGAAUUCCUGGGCUCAUUCUUCCUGGACGCGCAGUGUCUGACUGCUUGAUGCUUAUGCAGUUCCUGCGAGGCUUUGGGAAGGUUUUGGGGCUGGACUUGAAUAUGGAUGUCCCAACACUGGGUAUGCUACAGGAAGGCUUGCUCAAUGUGGGCGACAGCAUGGGCCAGGUCCAAGAUCUUCUUGUCAAACUACUUUGUCUGGCAGUCUGUGACCCCGGUUUGCCCCCUGGACAGAAGACAAAGACCAUGCUGGGGGACCACCUGACCAACGUUGGCAUCAACAGGGAUAAUGUGUCUGAGGUGCUACAGAUGUAUAUGGGGGCCCAUUGUGCCAAUACUGAUCUGGCCCCUCUGGCCCUCAGUCUGAAGACCAAGGCCUUCCAGGCACACACUCCGGCCCAGAAGGCCUCCAUCCUGGGAUUCCUAGCUAACGAGCUGGCUUGCAGCAGAGCCGUUAUCAGUGAAAUCGAUAAGAACCUGGAUCAGAUGGCAAACAUGAGAAAAGAUAAGAUUAUUAUGGAGGGUAAACUUAAGAAGUUGAGGACCAUUUAUGCCAAACGCACUGGAAAGAGGGAGGCCAGUGUGGGUGUAGAAGAGAACCAGUCAAUCGGUACUCCAUCAUCUGCUGCCAAACGCAAGAGGAAACUCGGUGGAGACAGUGAUGAUGACGAUGACGACGAUGAGGACAGUGACGAUCCAGCUGAUGAUGAUGACGACGAUGACGAGGAAGACAUUAAGAAGGUUAAAAAAGUGGAGACAUACGAUGAGGAUGAAGUUGACCAUGCGACCAGUGUGGAGGAGCUGGAAAAGCAGAUAGAGAAGAUGGCUAAGCAACAUCACCAGACUAGAAGAAAGCUGUUUGAAAUAUCCCACUCCUUGCGCUCCAUGAUGUACGGCCAAGAUCGUUAUCGACGUAGAUACUGGGUACUUCCCCACUGUGGAGGAGUCUUCAUUGAAGCCAUGGAGAGUGGAGAAGCUCCAGAGGAACUGGAGGAGGAGCGACAGAGGAGGAGGAGAGCAGCAGCAGAAGUCAAGGUCAAAGAGGAACCUCUGGACUUUGACGUCCAGAAAGAGAAAUCCACGUUACUCACCGGCUGCUCACAAGGCUUGGUGCAACAGAAGGAUGACAAGAAGGACUCUCCAACUCACUUCUACCAACAACAAGGCUACGUUUCUAACCUUUGUUCAGAUACUCUCAGAGAAACUGUGAAGGCCGAGGACCAGGGCAGUCCUCAUGCUGGACAAAAUUGCAAUCUCAUGGGUACUCCUAUUGCCACAAGCAUCGUAAUGUCAUCCUCCCCCUCUCACAAUACCUCUGAGCCAGCAGUAGCAAAAACUGCUGUGAUUAUCAGUAAUGACACUUCUAAUAUCCCCGGUCCAACUUCAACAUCUUUAUCUGUCCGGUGCCUGCCAGCCCUGCAUGAAAGCCCAGGGAACACUCCUCCUGCCUCAUCCCCCGCUCCAUCCCCACAGCUCACCCUCCAGGCCAACGACCAGCUGCUUCGAGUCCUGACAGAGAGGAGCGGACACUGGUUCAGUCUGCUCCCUCGUGCCCCCUGUGAUCUCUCUUCCCUCACUACAAACCCCCCUGGAGCACUGCAUGCCACUCCCCAGGCGUCCUCCACACCAAACAAACCCAAAUCCCCCCCUCCAUCACCUGCCCUUCCUCUCACCCCUUCUGCAGCGUCAGCCUCUGCCAGCCCACACCACCCAGCUGGCAUCCUCACUUACCCACUCUCAGCCCUGCAGGUGAAGUCAGGUGGCUCAUUGCUAGGAGUGUCUUUGGGCAGCUGGCCCAGUGGUAUGAUAAGUCCCAGCCUGCCUCUGUGCAGCAGCCCCAGUCCCAUGCCAUGUCAGUCUUUGGAGGGCAAUACUGCAGCAAGUGUGUCCAGUAAGAGUGACUCGCCUCUACCUCGCAUUGAGAAAAGUUCAUCCAUGCCAUCUCCUGCCAUGGAGAUACCAAAAUCUCUGGACCACCCGAUGCCUCGCCCCAUCCCAGAGGACCUGCUGACAGGUUGGUGGCGUGUGUCUGACAUCGAAGAGCUGAGGGCCUUGGUUGGUGCGCUCCACAGUCGAGGCAUCAGGGAGAAAGUCCUCCAGAGGCAGAUGCAGAAAUACAUAGAGAUCAUCCCCCAGGUCUGCACUAAACACAAAGAUGUGGCCAUGAUUGAGCUGAGAGAGCUGGAGGAGAGCCAGGUCAGUGUGGAGUCUGUGCGUGGCUGGUGUGUGGAGGAGCAGGCCAUGGAGAUGGACAUUGCUAUAUUGCAGCAGGUUGAGGAACUAGAGAGGAAGGUGACUGCUGCCAGCUUACAAGUUAAGGGCUGGACUCAUCCUGAUCCUCAGUCUGAGAGGGAAGACCUGGUGUAUUACGAGCACAAGCCCCCCACCAAAUCAGGACCUGCAUCCGCUCAUGUGGGAGACAGGGACUGCAAGGAUCACCCAGAGGAGCGGGGGGAGAAGGGCGGGGUGAUGCGUCACCCGGACAACCCAUUGGACAUAGCAGUGACACGUCUGGCUAAUCUGGAACGCAACAUCGAGAGAAGGUACCUGAGGAGCCCCUUAGGUACCACCAUUCAGAUCAGGCUGGAUAAUGUGGGUACGGUCACUGUCCCUGCCCCCGCACCAUCCACUAGUGCUGACAGGGAAGGUGGUGAAGAGGAGGUUGCCCAUGGUAUGAAGGUGUGGAGGAAGGCCCUAAGUGAAGUACGCAGUGCCGCCCAGCUUGCUAUGUGUAUCCAGCAGCUACAAAAAUCCAUCGCUUGGGAGCGCUCCAUCAUGAAAGUGUAUUGUCAGAUUUGCAGGAAAGGGGACAACGAGGACCUCCUGCUGUUAUGCGAUGGCUGUGACAAAGGCUGCCACACUUACUGUCACAAACCCAAAAUCACCAGCAUCCCAGAGGGAGACUGGUACUGCCCAGCCUGCAUAUCCAAGGCAAGUGGUCCAACUCCCAAAAGCAAGAAGCCUCCAAACAAACCAGUAGCAUCCAGUGGGGGAGCUGGUAAGAAAGGCGGUGAUGCAAAAAAGAAUGGGAAGCAGGCGGGUAACGGAGAGGUGUCUGAAGACGACUCGGCCAGUGCCAGCAGCACGCCCAAGAAAGGUUCAAAAGACAACAGCCGCAAGAGAAAAACAGAGGAAUGCUCACCUGUUGUGCCAACGUCCAAUCCAGAGAGCACUGUGUGUGUUAAAAGGGCCAAGACUGCUCGAGACAACAACAGAGACUUGGGUUUAUGCAGGGUUCUCCUUGCUGAGUUGGAGCGACAUCAGGAUGCCUGGCCUUUCCUCACACCCGUCAACCUAAAAUCAGUCCCCGGUUACAAGAAGGUCAUCAAGAAACCGAUGGAUUUUUCCACCAUACGUGAGAAGCUUGUGAGCAGCCAGUAUCAAAACCUGGAGACUUUCAUCAUUGAUGUCAAUUUAGUUUUUGACAACUGUGAAAAGUUUAACGAGGACAAUUCCGACAUUGGUCGAGCUGGUCACAACAUGAGGAAGUUCUUUGAGAAACGCUGGACUGAGCUUCUAAAACAAACCAAUUAAAAUAUCCAAACAUUCUUUUUUCUCAUCCUCAUGAACCCAUUCUACUUUCAUAUAGGGGCACCAGGUUUUACUUCAUCGAGAGAGAUGCGCUAAGAGAGAUGCCACCAUGAAAUAAAAGAGUUGUUACGUGAAGUGCGCUGGAUUAAUUACAACAGGGAUCCAAAACCCCAAAGACUCGCAGAGAAAUGGGGUACUGUAGUGCAAUACCACUCCCUGUGUCAGAACACUGCACUGAAUGAAUCUUCACUGAUGCGCUAGAAUACUUUCCACUACCUGUAAAUAGUUUUUUUUUGGGUUAUUUAAUCGUAUUAUAGUGAAUGUAUUUAAUUUUGUAAUAAUUAUUUAUGAAUCAAGGUCCACUUCAUUUUCUAUGAAAAGGAAGAAUCGAAAAAGGAAUGUGUCUGUGUUCUAAUUUUUCACCCAAAUAUCCAACAAAGCCAAGAAAAAAAAAAGCUGUUUACACUGUUGAGUGCUUUGGGCAUCAGAGGACUGUAUUCAUUAGUUCCAACUGUAAAACUGCAUUCAUUCACAGGAACAGCAGAGAGACAGUUAGACAAUGGGGAUUCAUGUGUAUAUACUGUUUAUUAAUGUCAAUAUUUUGUCUUGUUUGAAACGAUGUGUACAAAUGGAUUAAGAAUAUUAAGAUAUUGUUUAUGCCUUAGAAUGAUUGUAGCAUUCUAUUUUAGUGAACGUGAUGAAAACAUUAUCAUAAAUAUUGUUUGUACAGUAUAUACAUAUCCUCUGCAAACACUGUGGUAUCCUUAAUCUUGGUAGUGCCUACCCUUCCAACAGGGGCAUGUAGGGGAUGUUAUUUUUAUUUUUUGUUUUUAUGACAUUAUUUUUUUAUAUGAUUUCAAUCCAACAAGGCCUCCAAAGUUGGACAAUGACACAGACAUCAUUCCUCACCACAGAUAUGAAAACAAGGAACAAGCAUUCACCAAUGCUUCCGUGAUGAAUUUCCUCAUCUGCCAGAGGACCUAAAGGCCAUUUGUAACCACUGUGUUGAACCUUGCUGUGUGUUGUGGCCUGAUGGAGGCAGCUAGAUUUUUUUGUACCCAAGUCGAGAGUACUUGAAGUUACUUUAUUUAAGAUAUUGUGGAAAAAAGUAUCAUUCUUUUGUAGGAGCUUUAUUUUUCACUAGUGUGUGGCACGGACCUAUUAAAAGGAUGUUUUUCGACGUAAA